CCGGUGUGAAAGUGGAUUCUUUUCGCUCUCCACACUCGCGCGGCCCAUCGUCCUCUACCGCUCGUGGGCUGUCACUGGGAUUUUAAGCUGGUACACGCGACCAUCAACGGGACAAGAAACAUUUACGACAGAAAACUCACUGAGAAUAAACGUUCCUCGAAGAAAUAAGAAUUCCAGAAUAAUUUACCUUUUCUGCAGGUGCAGUUUUUAUCUUUGAGCUGACGGAUCGCGGAGAGAGUCUGCAUUUCUACAGGUAAACUAUGACCAGGUGGAUUGUAUUACUUUGUGUUUGUCUGUCCGUCACCUCGGCAACAUUCAACAAUUAUCAGCAAAUCAGCAGCUAUGAGGAGCACUCCUUUCUGGACCCUGAGGACACACUGAGUGUGAGCGUCCCCCUGGAGCUGCCUCAGCGCCCUCUACUGGGCAGCACCUUGGUACUACCCUGUUACUUCCAGGACCACACCGUCCACGACCCCGGCGCCCCCACCAUUGCCCCCCUGUCCCACCGCAUCAAAUGGAGCCGCAUCACCAAGGAGCGUGUCUCUGUCAUCCUGGUGGCCAUGGACGGAGAGGUCAAGGUGGAGGAGGACUAUCUGGACCGGGUCCACAUGGUGGGCUACCCCCAGACCCCCACUGACGCCAGCAUCAAGAUCACAGAGUUGAGGUCCAACGACACCGGCACCUACCGAUGUGAGGUCCAGCACGGCAUCGAGGACAACCAUGACACUGUGGACGUCCUGGUUCAAGGUAUCGUGUUUCACUACCGGGCCAUCACGACACGCUACACUCUGACCUUUGAGAAGGCCAAGGCAGCCUGUAUCCAGAACAGUGCUGUGAUCGCGACCCCAGAGCAGCUCCAGGCCGCGUACGAUGACGGCUUCCACCAGUGUGAUGCCGGCUGGCUCUCUGACCAGACUGUCAGGUACCCAAUCCAUGAUCCACGUGAGAAUUGCUAUGGCGACAAAGACGAGUUCCCCGGGGUGCGAACCUACGGAGUGAGAGAUGUCAACGAGACUUACGACGUGUACUGUUUUGCCGAGAAGAUGACAGGCAGUGUGUUCUACUCUGGCUCUGUGGCUAAGUUCACCUACUCUGAGGCUGAGGAACAGUGUAGUAAGCAGGGGGCCCUGUUGGCCACCACAGGACAGCUGUACCUGGCCUGGCAGGCUGGUCUGGAUGUGUGCAAUGCAGGCUGGCUAGGAGACAGGAGCGUCCGCUACCCCAUCAAUGUCCGGAGGCCGCAGUGCGGAGGGGGUCUGCUGGGGGUACGGACUGUGUACCUCCACGUCAACCAGACGGGGUACCCCCUCCCCGAAUCCCGCUAUGAUGCCUACUGCUACACAGAAACGGACGAGGAGGGCUCAGGCAUGGUGGUGCCCAUCGAGGCGGGCAGCGGCGUGCUGAGCUUUGCCACGGUGACCCAGGGUCCUCCCGAGGUGUUCUUCAGGAACAUGACCACAGAGAGCGAGGCGCUGGGCGAGGACCUGGCCACCCAGAAACCCACUAGCGUGGACUUCACCUUCGGCCUGAGUUGCCCCUGCCACAGCCGCCCAGUGUCACCGAGCUGCCCCUGCCACAGCCGCCCAGUGUCACCGAGCUGCCACAGCCGCCCAGUGUCACCGAGCUGCCCCUACCACAGCCGCCCAGUGUCACCGAGCUGCCCCUGCCACAGCCGCCCAGUGUCACCGAGCUGCCACAGCCGCCCAGUGUCAGAGCUGCCACAGCCGCCCAGUGUCACCGAGCUGCCCCUACCACAGCCGCCCAGUGUCACAGAGCUGCCCCUACCACAGCCGCCCAGUGUGACAGAGUUGGUUGUGGAUGUGGUGGGGAGAGUAACGGCCAGGCCGGAUGUGGGGAGUCAGAUCGGCGAAGUGAGCAGAUCAGGAUAUUUAUUUUCUGCUACAGGCGUGGUGUUUCACUACCGUGCUGGAUCUAGUCGCUAUGCCUUCACCUUCGUGGAGGCCCAGCUGGCCUGUCAGAGUGUUGGAGCCUCCAUCGCCACCCCAGAGCAGCUCCAGGCUGCCUAUGAGGCCGGCUACAACCAGUGUGAUGCAGGCUGGCUUCUGGAUCAGACCGUCAGGUAUCCCAUCGUGUCUCCUCUGGAGAAGUGCUCUGGGGAUCUGGAGACUUUACCAGGAGUGAGGACCUAUGGACUGAGGCCCGCUGACGAACACUACGAUGUGUACUGCUACGUGGACAGACUCAGGGGUGAUGUGUUCCAUGCUGGCUCCAGUGAGGGCUUCACCUAUGACGGUGCUCUGGCUCACUGUCAGGAGCUGAACGCUACCCUGGCCUCUACUGGCCAGCUCUACGCCGCCUGGAGACAAGGCUUGGAUAAGUGCCGCGCAGGUUGGCUAAUCGACCGGAGUGUCCGGUACCCCAUCACCAACCCCCGGGCGGCGUGUGGUGCAGAGAAGGCAGGGGUGUACACAGUAUACACCCACAACAACCAGACGGGAUACCCAGACCUGUAUUCCAGAUAUGACGCCUACUGCUUCAAAGUGGACAUCUUGUUUGUCGCCAAUGAAACUGGAUUGAACAUCACAGAGAUAGAAGAGGCUUUGGUUAACCUCACAUCCAUCACUGAUUUGCUGAGGCCUGUCCUGCCUUCCAUCACUCCUCCCAUCUCUGUGGAGUCCUCAGGCUCUGGUUCCGGGGCCUCUGGGGCGAGUGGAUCCUCCGGAGAUCUCUCUGGUGAUCACUCCGGUGAACUGCCUCAUUCCGGGGAUCUGUCCGGGUCAGGUGAUCUUUCAGGCAGCGGAAGCGCAGAGAUUCCCAGCGGAUCAUCUGGUCUGAGUAGUGGAGAUGCGUCCGGCUCGGGGCUGAGUGGAGACGGAUCAGGAAUAACGGUCACUUCAGGGAGGGGCAGUGUUUUAUCCGGUUUGGGCUCUGGGGGUCCUCAGGAGGCUGGAGAGGGAAUAACGGUCACCUUCUCUUCAGGGAGUGGCAGUGUUUUAUCCGGUUUGGGCUCUGGGGGUCCUCAGGAGGCUGGAGAGGGAAUAACGGUCACCUUCUCUUCAGGGAGUAGCAGCGUUUUAUCCGGUUUGGGCUCUGGGGGUCCUCAGGAGGCUGGAGAGGGAAUAACGGUCACUUCAGGGAGGGGCAGUGUUUUAUCCGGUUUGGGCUCUGGGGGUCCUCAGGAGGCUGGAGAGGGAAUAACGGUCACCUUCUCUUCAGGGAGUGGCAGCGUUUUAUCCGGUUUGGGCUCUGGGGGUCCUCAGGAGGCUGGAGAGGGAAUCACUGGGAUCCUCACCUUCCCCACGGAAAUGGGAUUGGGAAUGUUCAGUGGCAGUGGGUUCCUGUCGGGAUCGGGAAGUGGGUCCGGUGUCAGUUCUGAGGAGAGCGGCUCUUCAUCUGACAGCUCCAGCAGCUCUGGGGAAAGUGGGGAGUUGUCUGGAAUGUCGUCCGGCUCCAGCUCUAGUUCCAGUGAGGAGUUUUCCGGAUUUCCCUCAGGAUUCUUUCCCUCAGGAGGCUCCAGUGGUCAUUCGGGAGAGGAGUCGGGAAGCGGAGACACUCAGGUCCUGCUGAUCGAUGGUAAACUGGUGGAGGUUUCCACCUCUCACACACACAAAGAGAAGGAGCUGGGUGGAGGGGGCCUGGAAUUCAGCGGCUCCGGAUCUGGCAGCAGUGGCUCAGGGUCCUUCCCGGGUGUGACCUUCUUGGGGUCAGGGUUUACUGACCUCACAGGGUCAGCCUCAGGAGAACAGGAGGCCUCGGGGUCUCUCCACUACGGAUACGGAGCGGGAAGAGGUGGAUACGCAUCAGGGUUCGGAACGUCGGGCUUCCCCUCCGGGGACAUAUCUGGAAUCUCCAGAUCCUCCACCAGCGAUGAGGAGGACAGCGCUGUCACCUUCCUGACUAAUGACUUCAUGACAGUGGUUUCCAAGGCGACCACGGUUUCCAUGGAGCUGGGGGCUGGGCCAGUGCAGUUCAGCGGGCAGGGAAGUGGGUCCCACACAUGGAGCGGUGCUGACCACCCAACCCAGGCCAGCGGUGUCUCAUCUGGGGCACACUCUGGAGAUCUGCUCCCUGUGGUGCUGUCCUCUCCGCCCAGCAACAGGGAGCUUAUGGAGGGCACAGAAGGGCCAGAGGAGGCCAUGGCUGAGCUGGGGGAGACCACCAGCGAGUUUUACGUGACCUUUGCCCCCGACCUUGCUCCUGCCGGAUUGGCUGCCCCAGCCAUCUCCCUGCAGACCCCUGCCGUCAUGGAGAAGCCAUCCUCAGAGGAGGGUAUCCCUAACCCAUGUGACCCUAACCCGUGUGGUGCUGGGUCAUGCUCAGUGGAGGAUGGUGUUGGGUUGUGCCAGUGUCCGCCCGGGAAAGUGGGAGAAGGGUGCCAGUAUGAGGUUGAUGUGUGCCAUUCCAACCCUUGUGCCAAUGGAGCCACCUGUGUGGAAAAUGCAGACUCUUACAAAUGCUUAUGCCUGCCCAGCUACGGAGGGGACCGCUGCGAGAUUGCCUCUGUCUCAUUAUCGCCCCCUGCUGUUGACGGCACAGACGAGCAGGAUUGUGAGGAGGGGUGGACUAAGUUUCAGGGCAACUGUUACCUGCACUUCCCCGAGAGAGAGACCUGGCUGCAGGCCGAGCAGCGCUGCCGAGACCUCAGCGCUCACCUGGUCAGCAUCAUCACCCCAGAGGAACAGCACUUUGUCAACUCCAACGGCCAGGACUACCAGUGGAUUGGGCUCAAUGACAAGACAGUGGAGAAUGACUUCCGCUGGAUAGACGGCACACCACUGCAAUUUGAGAACUGGCGGCCGAACCAGCCGGAUAACUACUUUAACUCUGGAGAAGACUGUGUGGUGAUGAUCUGGCACGAGAACGGCCAAUGGAACGAUGUUCCCUGCAACUACCACCUGCCCUUCACCUGCAAGACUGGCCCAGUCUACUGUGGCGCACCGCCAGAGGUGGAGAAUGCCAAGAUGUUCGGCAGCAGGCGGGAGCAGUAUACUGUGGGGUCCAUCAUCCGCUACCAGUGUAACCCAGGCCUCCUACAGCGCCACCUGCCUGUGGUGCGCUGCAUGGCAGACGGACAGUGGGAGAAGCCACAGGUGGAAUGCCUGGGCGCAGUGCCCUCCCCCAGUAACAGAAUACAGCGCAGAUCGAUCAGAAGGCGAGGAGAAUCAACCAGCAGCAAACGUCACUAAGCAGGGAAGACUAAGGGAGAUCUCUUGAAGAUAAUUAUUUUAUAAGAACAUUUACAGAACACAGAAGCCAUUUUCUAACUUACUAACGAGGUUUGAAUGUUUGAAGUACCCACCUUGUACAUAAGACCAAAUCAACUUUGAGCAGUAACAUUGUCUUUUCAGUUUGUCACUCUCUGACUAUUUAAAAAAAAGUAUAAAUUAAGCCAUUAUGUAAUUGUAUGUUUUUUUCAUUCUUGUCCCAAAAUAAUGACAUGUUUUCAUUAUAUAUAAGAGUUGUUUAUUGUUUGGAGUUUUAUUGUUAUUAUUAAUAUAAUUUUUGGUUUUGGUGGAUUGUGAUGCCGUCGAUAAGAUGUGAGUUGUUGCUAAAAUACUUUGUCCAUGUCGCCAACUAGACUGGAUUAUGGAGACACGGUGUAGGGUGAAGUUUCCGCUAGACACUGAUCUUGGGUCAGUUUUACUUUUCCUCCACUAAUGGUUAAGAUUAGGGUUGGUGGAGAGGAAGCUGAUCCUAACUCUGUACCUAGGGGAAACUUCACCCCGGAGCAUGAACUCAUAGACGGUGCAUCAAUCAGACUCUCUAGUCUGUUCUAGAUCUUUGCCAAACCAGACAGUGUGUGUUAGACUGUACCACCCAGUGGUAAACACCCAAUCUGGACCAGCUGGUAUUUAAUGGGGGUUUGGCAGGUUGCUAUGAGCCAAGCAGAGGCUUGGUGAAAUUCACCCAUGAGGAGAUACUAGACAGUCAGAAGUAUGUUUGUAUUCUGGAGGUGCCUACGUAAUAAACACUCACUAUGGGAGAUGCAUAUA